AGGGACGCUCCUACAAUUGUCAUGCUAUUGCUGUGUAUUUAACUCAAUAAACGAAGUCCUGGUUCAAAGCAUUAACAAGACAUAACUAUUAAACAUUUAAUUACGAAUUAUAUUGUAGGUGCUCUUCGUACGAGUUCUUCGAGCGCUGAAUUAUUUUUUAUGGUUCGUUAGCAAUGGAGUAGUUCUCACUACACCUUUGAAGUUCGGAUCCAAGGAUGUUACACAAAACGUGGUCGACGCAUUGUCAACGCCGUGUAUUGUGGUUGUGAGAAUGUCAAACAAGGUGUUUUGUUUAGCAAUUAAUGUUUAGCCUGCUUGUAAUUGAUUGAGUGCGGUGCCGACAACAGCAGACGACGACAUGGAAAGAAGAAGAUUUCGAUGAUGAUUACAAUCCUAGUAAAGAAACGAGGGAGAUGAUUUGAUUACAAAAGAAUAGAAUUGCAGGAAUAUGUGGUUAUUGUUGUUGUUCGUAGGGUUCAUAUCGUUAGUGGCCGGCAUAUGCAUCACCCUUAGUGUUCAGUGGUAUAUUUUUCGUAGAUAUUUACAAACUCUUCCUUACGUCGGACCUCCGGAGACAACAGAAGCAGAUCCUUUUAGACUUCCACAGGAUUUGGAGGAACUACUGAAACAAGAUGACACAUUCAAGAAAGAAAACUGUGCUGCUCUUAAUUUGCUAUUCCAGUUCCUAUUCAAAGAGCUUAGGCACACAAAGGAGGUUCAAAAAUGGUUUCUGCGGAAGCUGAGCCUUGAGUUUGAAGAGUUAUUAACAAGGACAACAACUGGAAAACUUUUUGACAGUAUAACGAUUAGAGAUAUCCAUCUUGGGACACAUUUUCCAGAAGUGAAGAGUAUUUUGGUAAAGGAUGUUGUGCUUGAUGAAGUCAAUAAGCACCUUGACACAUUGGAAUUGUGCUUAGAUCUUGAAUAUUCUGGUGGAUUUCAGUUAUCUAUUGAUGCCAAUAUGGUGCUUGGCAAAGCAGCUUAUGUGUCAGUUAAAGUAAAUCGUCUCAUUGGACAAGCACAGCUGCAGUUCACACGUUUGCCCUAUACACAUUGGUCUUUCAGUUUCUACAGUGAACCUCUCCUAGAACUUCAGGUGGAAUCACAGCUGCAGGGCCGUCCCUUGCCUCACAUAAGUUCAAUUAUCAUUAACCAGAUACGCAAGGCUGUCAGGAAGAAACAUACACUUCCUCAUUACAAGAUACGACACAAACCUUUUUUUGUAAAAUUAGUUCCAGAAGAAGAUGGAGGGACUCCAAACGUACUUCCUGGAAAAUUACAGGUCACAGUUCAGGAAAUCACAAGAUUAACGCAGACACCACCUUGUGACAGUGUUUAUUGUUCAGUGGCUGUAGAUGCAUUUGCUUGGGUGGAGAUGGUACGAACCCAAAAUUCACACUAUGUAUCUUUGGAGCUGAGUAUUGAACAUCGUGGUACACAACCAUUAGGAUUAAUAUUUCGACAAGAAUUUGUUGCUGACCGUUAUCAGGCAUGUAUUGUUGUGGAUACAGUAACAUCCAUGUCACCAGCUGCUGCUGCAGAUGUUAAGCCUGGUGAUGUGCUUGUUGCUAUUGAGGGAAAAAAAGUAACAUCUCUCUCUCAAGUAGCUCGCCUGCUGAAAGCAACUGGUGAGAAAAUAACCCUGAGAGUGGAACGCAGAGUUUGGCUGCAAGAUCAGGAACUGGAUACAUUAAAACUUCCAGACCAGCGCAAGAACAGCGAAGGUCUGCGUCAUCGGAAGCUGUCUGAGCAGAGUGAUAGCAGUGUGUCAAAUCCUGCUUCAGUUCCAGGUUCACCUGCAAAGACAACAGAUUAUUCCAGACAGCCAAGUCCUGUACACGGUCAGAAGUUACUUCUGGAUUCUAUUAUGGAUGGAGGAACGUCUGUUGAUUCGUUGCAGAUACAUAAGACAAGAGAACUACCCUUCAGCAAGGUCCUUGCAUUUAGUGAAACAGUUGAAUUCACUAUCACUGAAAGACAUCAGUAUCUGAACAUUAGUGUUUGGGGAAAGGGAAAUGGUCAGACAGCACUAUUGGGCCAUGUAAGUGUUCCACUUGAAUCUGUGAUUACAGCUUCAAAACAACGUCACCAUUCUAGGAUGUGUGCCUUGCUUCCACCUGAUCCACAUACUGCUAUGAGCCGAAGUCACAAGCUGUCAUCUCACUCUGGUUUUGAGCCCUGCCUCUGCUUUGGGGAUAUAUUGCUGUCAUUUAAAUUUACAAGUGGUGGAGAAGCGCCCAUGUCUACCACCGUCAAGUUGCAGCAAAGUGCCACACGUUCAUUACCUGCAGAGGAGGGCCACAAACAGCAUGACUUUGUGAGGACACAGUUCCACCGCACCACACAGUGCGAGUUUUGUGGCAAGAAGAUAUGGUUGAAAGAUGCAGUUCAGUGCCGUAGCUGUGAUAUGACGUGUCACAAGAAAUGUGUGGUGAAAUGUCAGGUGAGCACUCUGUGUGAAGGUUCUCAAAAGACACCUACAGGGAACACAUCCCUGCAAAGAAGCCCAUCACCAACUCCACGACGAGCAUCUGUUUUGCCUGAGAUCAUUACCAGUGUUGCUGAUGGUGACAACAGUGAGGUUCCCAUGACUGACAGCUUAUCUGGUCUUCCACAACUUUUACUGGAUGGUGGUGAUGAAGUUUCCUCCACAUUCAGUCACCUCCUGCAGCAGCCUAGUCAUCAGGAUCCUAUGGCUGUGGCAAAAUCUACUGGGAAAGACUUGUACUCAGAUUUACCAAUAGCAGAACGCAAAGAAAAAAUUAACAAGUUGAUUGGGAAGCUGAAAGCUGCGAUAGAUGCUGAAACACAAUCGCGUAUACUGCUGACUAAGGAGAGUAAUGAAUCUAAAGAUCCUGUCUCUCAAGCCAGAGCUGAAUACCUAAUAAGCAAAUCAGAUGAAAAAGUACAAGAAUUAGCAGUCCUGAUGUUACACUGUUGUGCUGGCCUCCAGCAUGUACAGGAUCAGGAAGAUUUAGCUUCCAAGAGCAGCUAGUUUAACAUCAUUACUACUGGUUAUCGUCUGAUCAGAAUCACUUCAGUUUGUGUGUGUGUGUGUGUGUGUGUGUGUGUGUGUGUGUGUGUUUGACUUGCACGAAGAGAUGUUCUUGUGUGUGGGGAAGAACAUGGGACACAGAAUUCUCAAGUAAACUUGUAAACAGAUUUUAAAUUUUGUUCAUCAGAAGGAACUGUGGAAAGCUUCUGCAGUUUGUGAAGAUAUAAGAUGUCUAGCAACCUUCCUUCCUUCCCAUUGUACUGAAAAUAUUUGUGCUGAACCAGAAAAGUAGCUCUGAUGUUAUUACACACCAGUUUUGUACUAAUUCCAUUUUAUAAUGAUGAUAUAAGCUUAAGUGGAGUAAUUAUUGAUAGAAUUUACUGUUCACAUGUGUAUGUGUGAGUAAAUGGAAAGCAUUCAGCAUACAUUUGUAGCCUUGACUGUUUUUCAUACUUUUUUGUGAAAAUGUGGGAAUGUUGAUUAUUGGGCUACUUGGAGUUUCAUUGUUAUUGCACAUAUAUAAUGCGUGGAAGUAUUUUAGAUAGAAGAAAUUUGCAGUCCAUAUGUAUGAAAUGUUCAUGAAUAUUUAAGUAUAUUUUAUUUAUUUAAACUUAAUUAAGAGUAUAAGCUGCUAUAAAGUAAUUUAUUUUCAUAUGGAACCGACUUUGUAUAAAAAAAACCAUAAACAUUGCAUAUGCCAGCAAUAAUUUUGUAUUGUGUGCCAGAACUGUAAAA